UUUUCUCCCCCCUCUUCCAUGUUUUCCCUCUCCAGCCGCCUGAAAUCCCCGAAUAUACCGAUAUCAGACGAUUUUUGGGCCACAUCUUCCUCACGCAACCUCCAAAUUAAAACUUUAAACCACCCCCAUAUUCUUGCUGUUUGGGCGCCCAUUCCCCGGAGUUUGGGUGGGUUUGGCGUCAUUUGAAUACACCGGCGGUGAGACUCCAACGAGUCUCCGACCACCCUCGUCCGACUAUUUUUGGCUAAUUUUUUGGGCGCUAAAUCCUCUGCUCACCUUCCCGAAUGUAUCUACUUGUGUCUCCAGGUGCGUUCCUUUGCCUUUAUUGUCUAAUUGUGGCAAAUUGGUACUUAGAGUUUUAGGUGAGGAAUUUGGGGAUUGUGUUAUUUCUCUUGUAUGCUUGAUAGACUUCCCUAGAUUAACAUUGAACUACCCUUGCAUGUUACGAGUGAUUUGCGUUGUUGAUGAUAAUUGGAUUUCAUAUUGUCUUAAAUCAUUACUGAAAUGUUGUUUAAGUAUGGUGAAUGAUUUUCUCUUGCUGUUUGGUUAUGUGUGUGUACUUUGAGCCUAGUCCAAUGUCCAAAUCUUGAGAUUCGAGGGCUCCAAUUACCGAAUUGCCUACCCCAAACCUCUCAUCUUGCCAAUGUGUUUGGGAAUAAAUGUAUGGUUGCAGGAACAUGUCAGGUUCCCGUGGAUACCUCGGCCAGCUAAAUAAUGCGUAGAAGGCUCGCCUUUAAGACUACAAGAAGCUCCUCUUCUUUCACCACUACUUCCUUGACUUCUCAGUCUUUGAUAGGUUGCAAAACAAAGAAGAGAUAGAAGCUGUUAUUGUAGAAGAAAAUUAAAACCUCAACUACUACCCAGCUGGCAUACCAGACAACCACCUACAAUAUUAAUACGACCACAGGAGCUCCCAUUCUCCGUAGUUGGUGUCGUGAAGAGCUUCCAAUACGUGGACUUGCCCAAGGUGAUCGGACUGAUGCAAGUGGUACGGUGACAUUACGUCUAUGCCGCUUCCAGCAAUAGACGUGAUAAUGGGUUGCUCUCCUUGGUUUGGGUUUGCGCCUUCCAUGGCUCCCUCAAGGUAGCUUUCUCAAACUUGAGUAUGAACUUCUCAAAUCUGGAUAUGAACUUUCAGGUUUAGAUACAGAGUCGUGAGGAUCUCUGCUCUGAUACCAUGUAAAAAGAGUUUAUUGAUGUAUGUCUAGCGUACCAACGGGGUAAGGGAUUUAUACAAAGCCAUAUGGCUGUCGGUUGGGAAAGGAAAUAAAGAAAACAUUAUCUUCUGUAGAUGUUAUCUUCCGUGAUAGGCUUGAAUGGGAAUGGGAGCUCCUGUGGUCGUAUUAAUAUUGUAGGUGGUUGUCUGGUAUGCCAGCUGGGUAGUAGUUGAGGUUUUAAUUUUCUUCUACAGUUAUCUAUAAAGCUCAAUAGCGCAGCCUCCUCACCAUCUCCGACAAGACCUAUGAGGAGUUGGCUUGGGAGUUCUACUACACUUUAAAUCACAACCAGAUGCUCCAUGGCGAGCACUAUGAUGCUUUACAGUUCAUCCACGUAGGUGAAGUCCACUCCCUGAGCUACGAUCAAUUUGGCAGGGCGCUCGACCUCCUUACCAAUACUGCAGCACAUCUAGAGAUUGAGGCAGCAGAUCCCAUUUUCUUCAAUGUUAGACAUACUAAAAACGGAUCUUCCAACUAGAGUGGGUCAGUGUCAAGUUUUUUGCUGGUCAGACGAAGGUAAGCUCUCUAAAACCUCAGUGGCAGAUCCUCAAUCAGCUAGUAGCUCAGCAAGUCCUGCACACCUAGCGAGCAUUCACGGGCUAUCUCAGUUUCAAGGUACUAUACCACAUGCACUCCAUAGGGAUGAAGGACACCAGUAUGCACUUGGUCUCCAUCGUCGCACAGGCGAUCAACAAGUACUCACAUAAUAGGAGCCCCUUUAUCUACAAACUUGUCAUCACUGCUUUAGCAAAGUACUUUUGGGUCGAUCUCAACAUCUACGAUGAGGUCGGAGGCACCCACCGGUUUGAUGAGGAUAUUCUCAAGAAUCAACACCUGAUCGAGAAGGAAGGGACCGUAAAGUGGAUCAAAGGGAAGCACCUCAACAAGCUCACAAAAGUAUGGUGACUCCUCUGUCGGUUCUAGUUCCGGACUAGAUGGCACCCUGAGCACACCAAAAUAAGCUGAUUAUGGCCUCACAAACUUUGAUCUAGGUCCAGCUCUUUAGCCUCUUGGACCACGAGAGGGAUGGUCAUUACUGCAUCAUUUCUGCACAUAACUACUAAAUUCACUUUGUAGGCGUCAAUCUUCCUAUGUGCAGUACCCCUGGAUCAACUCCCUGGGGUAUGAUGAGGAGUACGUGAAUUAUGACCACCCUGGCACUGGCUAACCCCGCCACAGGAUGGUGUUUUGUGUGUCUCGUUUUUCCGUUUCAAACUCGGACUGCUUCUUUUCUUUCUUUUUGAGUGUGACCUUGGAACUAUGGUUUGACCCUAUCUAUCACUCAAAGUGUGUUUUUAUUGUUAUUAGAUCCACCUUUAUCGACUAGUCCCUUCUCCCGUCCAGUGUUCUAACUAGUCCUCUCUCUAGUCGCCGCCAACAGUUGUCAUACAUCGGUAACAUCAUUCCCCUUUACCUUAUUUGCUCCAUUGAGGGCAAUGUCGAUCUUAAGUGUGAGGGUGUUUGCUAUGUUAAUUGUUUGGUUGUUUAUGUUUUUGCUUGGAGUCUAGUCCACUGCCUAAAUUAAAAAUUUGAUGACUCGAAGCAGAACUUUCUCCGAUUGCAUGAUCUUAUCGACACUUGUGACGUAUUGUUUUGAAUUUGUUGGCUAUGAUCUUCCAUGCAUGAAUGACAUGUUUUCACUGAGACAACCUGUUGUAAUAACUCAGAUGUGCAGUAGAAUUGUGCAGUUGUUCAGUUUUCAACUAAUAGCAAACGAACCUAUGAAUUGGAUUAAUCACUCACUCUUUACAAUUGUCCAUUCAUCAAAAUCCUGGAAUCCCAUUCAGCUCGCUGAUCGCUCUAUUGUGCAUCCUAGGGGUAUCAUAGAGGACUUUCUUGUUAAUGUGGGUGCAUUCACAUAUCUUGUUGAUAUUGUUAUUCUGUAUAUAAACGAGGAUGUGGAUG